AAGUUCAAAUUUUUGCAAUUACAGAAACUAAAGCCUUGUUGGGUGGGGUUAACAGGUUUAUUAUCGUUUAGUGUUUGCCUUGAGUCUAUUUCUGAAACAUAUGGAUAUCGUAAAUUGAUAACAUUUUGAAUAACCUGACAUGGAACUAAGUUUGGGAAACCGAUUUUAAAGUAAGAAACUCAAAAUAUCGAAGAAGAUGUCAAAUCAAAGUCCAUCCGAGUUUCUCAUUGCUCCAACUUCAUCAAACAUGAUUCCCUUUCCUGCAGUUGCUUUGAGGGAAGCUGAUGGAGCAUCACGUGAUGGGGCAGACAGUGGUAUUGACAUGAAGAUACAACAAAGAGCACAACAAGAGACAAAUGAAGGAACAAAGCUUCCACCAACCAGACAUAACACAUCAACAAGAGGAUCAAAUGUAGGAUUGCCACCUGACAGAGUGGUAACUUCAUCUAUUAUGGGAAGGUAUUCAACUGAGUUACCUUCACAGCAAAAGUUUGUCAGAUUAUCUACAGUGUCAGCCAGAAAUAGUUUGAGACAUCCAAGAACAUUUUAUCAACCUAUUCAAAGUGAGAUAGAUUAUCCAAGGAGAAAUAUAUCCUGGUAUGAAGCCACUGAAAGUCGACCACCUCUACGAAUUGAUAUGUCAGGUCCAUCCCCAACCACGUAUUCACCUUGUAAUAAGCCAUUGUAUGAAACUAACGCUCCUGCAUACUCAUUUGGAAGAAAAGAAAUUGAGAAAGCUGGCAGUGGACAAAAAGCCUGGGGAAAGCUAUGGUUUCGUUCACACAGUCCAUUUACUUUUAAAACAAACUAUGAACUUCACUGGCCUUCUCCUUUUCACUAUCAACAUAAAUCAACUUUAGGACCAAAACAAGUAAACAAGCCUGCAUUUCCAAGUCACAGUAUAGGAACGCCUACCAGUCUCCAACCUCCAAAGCAUAAGGCAAGAAUGACUGUGCAACCAGUACCUACUAUAUACUACCCAGAAGUAGUGGCAUUAAGCAGAAUGCGACGAGCACCAGCACACACCAUGGGAUCUAAGCUACAGAAUCGAAACUGGACUCCUAUAAUGGACGUACCUGCACCCAACAUGUACAACCCUCUCAAAUCAAUCUUGAUUACAAAGCCAACUCAGCCUGCAUAUACAGUAUGUGGAUUUCGGAAAGAUAAGCGACAUGACGUAGGACCAUUUUUUACACUGUAAUUUCUUGUACGAAUAGCUCGAUUCGGGACACAUCAUUAAACAUAUGCACUUAUUUUAUAUACAUACAAUGCAUGUCCUAGUGGACUAAAUAGUAAGAAAUUAUUGCAACUUAGAGAGAUAAAGCCAGUGCCAUUAUACCUAUUUUCUAUUUUGCUAAAGAGAUUUUUCUAAUAUAUGCCUAACACAAAAUUUAUUUCCAAUAUAUUAGCUUUUUGCACUUACAUGAGCCAUGACUUAAUAGCCUAAAAAUUUGAUGUUAAAUUUUUUGAAAAUAAAUUACAAACCUAUUUUUUUACCUCCUCAAUACAAGUGCCAUAAAUAUUUGUAAAU